AUGCACUUCCCGCUUGCACACACCCUCCUGGCCCUUGCCACGAUCCUCCGUGCAGUGGCGGAGGAUAAUCCCAUCGCUCCCACCUCCCUCGACGCGUCCGCUACUCCCACCUCUGGUGGCGACAACACUGGUGCUACUGCCGAAACCGCCACCACAACGGGCACUGGGGGUGGUGGCGGUGGUGGUGGUGCCGGCGGAGGACCUCCCGGGCUGCCCCCAUACGCUCCGGAGAACUACAGCUACCCGCAGCCGCCCAUCCCUUCCGUGACCGCAGUGCUGCCGACCUCGUUCAGUCUGGACCCGGACUUUGUCAUUACAGACCAGCCGACCGUCCGCGAAUUCACGUUCGACAUUGCCACAGCUGCCGGGUCCCCAAGUGGUUUCCUCCGCUCGAUGAUGGUAGUCAACAACCAGUUCCCAGGGCCCCUUAUCGAGGUCAAUGAGGGCGACACGGUCAUUGUCCAUGUCAACAACCACCUCGACAUCGGCCAGGCCCUUCACUGGCACGGCAUCUCCCAGAAUGGAACCAACUGGGCCGACGGUGUCUCGGGCAUCUCCCAGUGCCCCAUCCCUCCAGGAGCCUCGUUCACGUACAAGUUUACGGUGAACAACCAGUUUGGCACCUUCUGGUGGCACGCGCACCAUUCCAACACAAUGGCUGACGGCAUCGUUGGCGCGUUCAUCGUGCAUUCGGUCAACGACCCCGUCAAGCGUGGCCAGGACUUUGACGAGGAGCACCUGCUGUACCUCUCAGACUGGAUGAACGACCAGUCCCAAGUCAUCGUCGACGCACUGUACAGCCUGGAGGGAUACCGUGGCGCCCAGAUUCCCCCUCCCGUCGACGCGGUCCUCUUUAACGGUGUGGGCCAGACCAACUGCUCCGUCGCUCAAAAGGGUGUCCCCUGCUCGACCAAUGCCCCCUCCGAGGUCGUCGUCGAAAAGGGCAAGCGUAUCCGCCUCCGCGUCAUCAACUCUGGUACCCACGCCCUCUACCGUUUCUCCAUCGACAACCACGUGCUCAACGUUGUCGAGGUCGACGACACUGAGAUUAAGACACUCUCAGUUCAUGAGGUUCCCAUCUCCCCGGGACAGCGCCUGUCCAUCAUCGUCAACACCGACCAAGAGGGUGACGCAUUCUGGAUGCGUGCGGGCGUAGGGAUGCACUGCAUCGCUCGCCAGGAGCCCAUGGUUGGCCUUGGGGUUUUGCGCUACGACCACGGUACUGCCGCCACAAAGUACAGACGGUCAGCCACAGACAACUCGAACCAGACGCCGUCCCAGCUACCCACCACCCAGCCGUGGGGCGACCUCGAGAUCCCCGACGCCCCGUGCAUGGACAUUGACAACCUCCACUCUGUGGUCCCGCUGAUUCCGGAGAACCCGCCUGCGACCCCCGACGGAGCCCAUGUCUUCAAUUCGUCGUUUGGCCAGUUCUUCGACCCAAUAGACUUUGCCAACUUUAGUGGAUUUGCGUUCAAUGGAGUGCCGUACUUUAACAAGAUCUUCGAUCCUGUUCUGGCCCAGGUGCAGCGCGGCCAGGAUCUCAACGGCAGUCUGUUCGCCCACACCACCUUCCCUACUCUUGGAGCAUACGACAUUAUCGUCAACCAACUGGACAACGGUGUGGCGCACCCGUUCCACCUCCACGGCCGCAAGUUCCACAUUGUCGCACGCGGUCUGGGCAACAUUACCUGCUUGGCAGACGCCCAGGCCAACGCCGCCGCCGGCAACGGUUUUGUCAAUUUUGACAACCCCCUUCGCCGCGACACACUGUUCAUCCCCGAGACCUCGUACGCCAUCCUCCGCCUGGUCACCGACACGCCGGGCGUGUGGCCUCUCCACUGCCAUGUGGGGUGGCACUUGUCCAAGGGCAAGCUGGCGAUGAUCAUCGUGCGGCCUGAUACGGUUACGAAGGAUGUCAACGGCGACGGCUGGAGCGACCUGUGUUACGGUACCGACCCCAACGCUUGGGGACCGCAAAAACGCCGCUUCGGCCGCUUCAUGCCUCCUCAGGGGCGCAAAAGGGUCUUUCGGGCCGUCAACGGCCCUUGA